AUGAUAACGAGUGUGAUUAUCCUUCUUGGUGUCAUUGGCGGAGUUCCAACAAACAGUAUCGAUAGUAAAAAACAAGUCAUUGUCAUGUCCCUGCCUGGCACAAGUAACACUCAGUACCUAAACAGCCUGACGAACAUCGCCGACUUCAUCAUCGAAAUGGACGUCAAGACUAAAGGAAGAGACCAUUUCUUUGUCAUUCACGACAAAUCAGGCCUUUCGUACCUCAACAAACACAACUUUACUAAUGGACACUUGAUCGAAGUGAGUGAGUCUUUGGAUAUGUGGAUGAGAGAUUUCCCACCAGUUAUGCCAACGAUGCAGGUCAAGUUCAAAUACAGGCCACAGCACAUCAGUGAGUCACAAGCCAUCGAAGACGAUAGAAGGUUUGAGGUGUUCGCAAAGUUGGUAGGAUUCCCUGCAUUGAAUCGUAGUGAUCUUGUGCUCGAGGGAGGUAACGUAGUAGAGAAUGGUGAAAAUGCUGCAGUAACCACUGAAAGAAUCUUCAAAGACAAUAGCGAGAUGAGUAGAGAAGAUGUGAUCAAGUCACUGGAAAAAGUCAUUAAGAGAAAAGUUGCAGUUGUACCGGACCCUCAAGACACUACUGGACAUGCUGAUGGCUUGGUUUCAUUUGUAGAAAAGGAUGUUCUUCUGGUGUCAUUGUUCGAUGACGCCGAUGGACCAGACUUUUACGAUGCCAUGAAAAACGCGUCUAUAAAGGCUUUCCCAAGUAUCAAGGUUGUACCACUUCCUUGUUACUCAAAUAAAACCAAAUCCAAUGGCUUUAUGUCGGCUGAAGGUUCCUAUUCAAACUCUCUGGUGACAUACAAUGCAGUUUACCUGCCUUUCUUCUCAAACCAGACAAACAAUCAAAUUGCUUUUGAUGUCUUUCAAAACUCCACUGAUAAAGAAGUCAUCCCAGUAUACAAAGCUGGGAAAGUCCCAGUCUUGGGUGGCAGUCUUCGUUGCAUGACGUGGCAGAUCGAUCAAGCACAUCCAGUAGCUAAGAGCUUGUUUGCUUAUGUUGAAAACAGAAAGAAACCAAAUGGCUCCAAUCAUGUCAGACCUGCCAUUGCACUUAUUAUAGCUCAAAUAGGUCUCUCGCUGGGUGUGUUAGCAAAUGCUUUUUAUUAGCCCAUACUUUUUAUUAGCCCAUACUUUUUA